AUGGACCAUGGCCAGCAGAGCAUCAACAACACCAUCAGUUCCCAGGCUCAGCAGCGGUUUCGGAAUGCUACCGACGUCUGUGUGACCAGACCCGCCAACGGCAAUUAUACCGUAUCUCGCGGCGGCAAUGUAACCCUCUACAUCAAUGCCGCUAAAUUCCAGGCAUUGUCACAGUCCGACAGCAGUGUGACGAAGCAGAAGACACUUUCGGGAACCACUGCUUCCAGUUGCACGCCCGCCUUCAAGGCUGAGGCUCUGCGCGAGCAUUCGAACCGACAGAACGAGCAAAUCAGCCAAGCGGAGCUGAAGGACCGCAUAGUCGAACAGCAAGUGAAGGGCCUGCGCGGAGAUCUACUCCUCUCGAGGGCGAUGGUUAGCAUUCCUCUUGUUCCGCAGCAGGGUUACUAUCGCCAGGACGGGCUUCCGGGUGGAGAUGAUCUUCACGAGGAGCAGAGUGACUCGAGUGAGGAGGAAAGGGGUUCGCCAUCUUCCGACUCAUCGUCGACAACAUGCUGCCCGCCGUCGUCCCCACCCUACACCCCACCGUCGCCGCCGUCCCGCUUCCCGUCGCCAACCUUGCUAUCCAACGACGCUCGCGUCGCUCCACCGCAGCGGCGGCUACUCGCCAUGAUCGCCUAUUUCUUGUAUCACGGUGAUGACGACGAUGCGGACAGCGUCAACUGGGACGCCUUGGACUCCGACGUGCCCAACGAGAUGACCGAUGCCGACAGCGUCGUCGACUACGACGCCAUGGACUCCAGCUUGCCCAACGAGGAGGACGAUGAGGUCGACAACGGCGAGAGUAACAACGAUGCCGCAAGUCCGCCUAUAAGCCCCCGCACCCGUCAGCCCGAGCUGCUGCCCGAGCCGGUGGCCGAGUCCGAGUCCGAGUCCGAGUCGGAACUUUCGCCCGGCGGGUCGACGCCCGAACCACAACAGGCCCGGCCCCACGACGUCUGA